AAAACGAACAGCAAACCAGCAUGCUGCACUGCUGCAGUAAAAUCUUGUUUAUGUUUGAUAACAAAAACACGUGCGGCUAAAUUACUUCCUGUUUCCUGUCACUGCUAAACUGUUAACAAUUAAUAAUAAGUGUCUGCUAUCAAAGAGUAAUCAGCUUCUUAUCAUUUUCAAUUAUGGAAAGCAGGCUGGGAAAGUGUGAAAUUUGCACUCACACGGAGGCUAAAUACACCUGUCCAGGAUGUGAGGUUUCUACUUGUUCAGUUCCCUGCGUGAAAGAACACAAAAAUAUUUAUGGUUGUGAUGGAACGAGGAAUACAACAGCAUACGUGCCAGCGGUCAACGAAUCUGUCUUCAGAAGUGAUUAUGGAUUCCUGGAGGAAAUUGCAAACGUGGUUGAUGGAAGCCACCGCUUGGGCUCUAAAAUCGGUUUUGGAUACAUACCAGGCAACAUUUCAAUGAUGAUGAAGCACCUUCGGACAGCUGUCCACGACAGACACAUGAGGUUAUGGUUCAUGCCACCUGAAUUUACCAAGCGCAAGAUGAACCGGAGCUUCUACAACUUCAAGAGUAAGAGUAUCGAGUGGACUGUGCAGACAGUAUUUCAUUCAUUUGAAAAUGAUUCACAUAAGGUAUAUGAACACAAGGUUGUUGAGAAAAUUCCACUCAAGAACUGCAUUGAAGGAAUAUUGGCGAAAGAAGAAUCAACGUCCUGGGCUCAAUUUUUUGUCACGUCAUUGCCCAACUGCACUGUUUUGCUCCAAGCUGAAUAUAUCAAAUGUGCAAAAAAGAGAUUUUUCCUGAUGGAUCAAGAAAAAUCACUUCAAGACAACCUCAAUCAUCACACGUUGGUCGAGUUUCCAGCCUUUCAUGUGGUUCCUAAAGCCUUGGCCGCCAACUUUAAAACUAUCACUCUAGAUGAAGCGAUAGAAGAGAUCAAAACAAGAACAAAGCUGGAGAGGCAGAAAAAAGAAGUGAAAAUGCCAGUAGAUAACGAAAGCAGUGGCUCAGAAUCCGCUCCAGAAGUUGAAGCAGAACCUGUCAGGAAAAUAGCGCGACUUGAUAUUCCGGAAUACAAGGAUAUAUGCAAGAUCGAAUCAGACAGCGAUGAAGAUGUUGCGAUUAGUGGAAAUUUUUUCAACUUGUAAAUAAAAAAACACUGCAUUGGUUA